AAUCAAUUAAAUUAAGAGUAUAUUAAAAGUUCAGAUCUACGUAUUUGUGUCACAUUUUCAGUGACCAAAAACAACAAAAAGAGGGAAAAACUAUAAUAAGAGCGCAGCGAAGAAUCGCAGGCAGCAGGUAUUCUCUGCUCUACAAACACCCCGACAUCGAGUUCCACACACUCACACAUAUUCAGAUUUUUUUUUACUUUAUUUACAACACGUCGCAGUGUGCGUCCUGAACACGUACUCGUUGCGCCAUAACAAAGGUAAAUUACCGCAUAGAGUCUAUAUAGGAAAUAGGUACGAUCAAACAGCCCCGCAUAUAUGGACAGCAACAAGGACGAAGCCCAGCGCUGCAUUGACAUAGCAGUGCAGUCGCUGGCCGAGGGCAAGAUAGAAAAGGCUGAAAAGUUUCUCCUCAAGGCAGAUAAGCUUUAUCCAACGGAGAAUGCAAAGAAACUGCUGGAGCAGGUGAAGAGCACAACCAGCAGCAAUGGCUAUGCGGGUAAGACACGGCCGGCGGCUGCAACAGAUGAACAGGACAGCGGUCCGCGCAAGCGCGUCAACUCGGAUUCAAAGAGCAGUGCGCCCGACUAUUCAAGCGAGCAAUUGGAGGCAGUCCGCAAGAUCAGAAAAUGCAAGGACUACUAUGAAGUGUUGGGUGUUACCAAAACCGCCACCGAUUCGGAAAUCAAAAAGGCCUACAAGAAGCUGGCGCUCCAACUGCAUCCGGACAAGAAUAAGGCACCGGGCGCGGUAGAAGCAUUUAAGGCGCUCGGCAAUGCUGCUGGCGUACUUACGGAUGCGGAGAAGCGCAAGAACUAUGAUCAGUAUGGCAUUAAUGAGUCGCAUAGUGGACAUGGCAAUGGAGGCCAUCAUGGACAUGGUCAAUAUUACAAUGAGUAUGGCUACUCGCGUGGUUUCCAAGCCGACAUCAGUGCCGAGGAGCUCUUUAAUAUGUUCUUCAAUGGCGGCUUUCCCCAGCAGAAUGUGUACAUGCGUCAACAGCGGCGCAGGCAUCAGGCCCGCGACGAUCGGGAAAACAACAAUUCCUCUGCUCUGAUCAAUCUACUGCCCAUUCUGCUGCUCAUUGGCUUGUCCAUGAUGUCGUCGUUCUUCAUUUCGGAUCCCAUGUACAGCCUGUCGCCAUCACAUAAAUAUUCGGUAAAGCGUGAAACGAAUGCGUUAAAGAUACCAUACUAUGUGAAAGACAACUUCUACUCGGAGUACCAGGGCUCGGUGGCAAGGCUCGAGGAGUCGGUCGAGGAGGACUUUAUCAAUCAUUUGAAACACUCGUGCAGUCGGGAGCGCAAUUAUCGCGACUCCAUGUUGGCCAAGGCGCGCACCUUUGGCGAUCGGGAUCUGUAUCGAAAGGCACAGAACAUUAAUACGCCAUCGUGCGAGAAUUUGCAAAAGUAUUUAAACACAUGAUUUCAAUUUCAAUAUCGUAUGCGUUAAAGCAGAGAAAUUUUUAACGUGAUUCCUCGUUCUGUCUAUUUUAAUUUGGUUGUAGUUCCCCGCUUGUUUGUUAUACAUAAAUGAAUUAUUGUUUCCCAAUUGA